AUGUUUUUUCAGGAAGUUUCAGCUUCAGCAUCAAAAGUAAGUAAGAAGGGAGACCAUCAACCACCAUCAACACCAUCAAGAAAGAGAUUAUCUCAAGACAUAACAGCAUCACCAUCAUUACGGCGGAAAUCAUUUGGUAUCAAACCUAAAGUUAUGUUUACUGGUGUGGUGGAUGAACAGGGAGAAAGGAUUAUUAAAGAUCUGGGAGGAAGUAUGGCAGAAACCAUUCAAGAGUGUACACAUCUUAUAACAGAUAAGAUAAGAAGAACAGUAAAGUUAUUAGGUGGUAUAUCAUUAGGCAUCCAGAUUAUAACCAGACAAUGGUUAGAUGACAGUAAACAAGCUGGCAUGUUUUUAGAUAGUAGUAAAUAUAUACUAUGUGAUAAAGCCUCUGAAAAACAAUACAAGUUCUCAUUACGUCACUCUAUAGAAAUAGCUACUCAAUCUUCUAUGUUAGAAGGUUAUAAAAUACAUGUUACUAAAUCAGUUAAACCUCCUCCGCAAACUAUGGCAGAAAUAUUGGAAUGUUCAGGUGCUCAGGUGUUAAAAAGUUUACCGAAGAAGAAGGAAGAUAAUAUGGUGAUAAUAUCAUGUGAUGAAGAUAAGACAUUAUGUCAGCCUGCUAUUUCUAAUGGUAUAGAUAUAGUGUCAUCAGAGUUUAUAUUGACUGGUAUAUUACGCCAACAAAUAGAUAUACAAUCAUAUCCUUUACUAUAUAAACUGUUUAUUAGUUCAUUUCUUUUAGAAUUCAGGUUGGCGUUUGUGAAAAAAUUUUACUUUAUAUAUUUAUUGUAA